CUUUUUCUCUGGACUUUACGUCUGCCUCUCGACACGUCGAUUUCUAUUUCUAUCGCUUGCUGCUCAUUCCGUUGCAUCCCUUGCGUCCACUCGCUUGGUCUCGUGCUGUCCCUCCGCCCGGUCAGCGCCCAUUCUUUGUCGGCGCAUUGUCUCCAUUCGUUUCUGGGCAUGUCUCGCAUCGGGCUCUGUCACAUGGGCCGUAUGUAGGCGGCAACUUGCCAUCGUCCGACUUCUUGUCCUCCCACUUUAUACUUUAGUUCCUUAUUUUAUUCCCCCCGUGGAUCUUUCCCCUGCAUUUCGUCCUUCCUCCAUCCCUCCAUCGGCCUAUCUCGGCCUCGUGCUAUCCGCGGGAUGCAGUACGUGCGAAGUAUCAGCGGCUCCGUCUCGAAGACCUGGAACUCGAUCAAUCCAGCCACUUUGAGCGGAGCCAUCGAUGUAAUCGUGAUCGAACAGGAAGAUGGAACCCUCGCCUGCUCGCCGUUCCAUGUUCGCUUCGGCAAGUUCUCCUUGCUCCGCCCGUAUGAAAAGAAGGUCGAGUUCAAAGUCAAUGGAGCCAAGCAAGACUACUCGAUGAAGCUGGGCGAAGGUGGGGAGGCAUUCUUCAUCUUCGAGACAACGGAUGAGAUCCCCGCCUCCUUGCAGACGUCACCGUUGGUGUCGCCGUCCGCCAGCCCCAAGAUGCGCAGCGAAGAGAAUCUUCCGACCUCUCUACAAGAACCCGAGUACCUGGAUCUCGAACGAUCGUCGACGAUGGGUGUCAACCAAGACUCGAAAGGGUCUUCGACACUGCCGAUAAUGUCAAGGGUCACGCGGGCGUCCAGCGAUCUAGGUACACUUACCCCGCUGUCGCGAUCGCCAGAUGAUUCCCAUCUGGGCAGGUCCCGACAUGGCUCAUUUGGCGAUGAACCGGAGAACCUGGAUGGUGUCGAUGCGGCCAAAAUUCUUCUAGGAAAAACCGAGAAUCCAGGCGGUCCAAGUGUCGUUGACCAAGUUUAUGGCGAGCGAGAAAGCAGUUCGACACCUCCCGCCGACGACUCGAGCGAGGGUCGGCGUUCUCGUAGCCCCCCACCGGUGUCGCCCGGAGAGGCUGUUUCGCGCGCCGAGUCUCUUUCCAAGAAAUUGACUGCCUCUAAUAUUCCAUCCCAUGUUACUGAUACGGGCGAUCUGAUGCUCGACAUGACUGGGUACAAAAGCAACGAGGAAGAUGCAUUGCGGGCGGAAGUUCUUGCACGAAAGAUCCUGGCCGAGGAACUGGAAGGAAAUUAUGACAUUGGCGCCUUGAUCGGAGCUGAUGAGCACGGCAAUCUGUGGAUCUACAGCAGCGGAGAGGCGAAAGACGCUGCCGAUCGGCGAGCCACGUUCAACUCGAUGAGACCGAGCUCUGCUAUGAGUGAAAAUGCCAUCUCGGACCCUGGGUAUCAUAGUGACAGCGACCGGUCUCUUCAGGGAACUCCGAUGGCUACGCGGCAUUAUCGCACUCAAUCCGAUGUUCAGCCGGGAUUCCCCACCCCUCCGCAGUCCCCUACCCCGGGAGAAACCACCCGCAACUAUGCCAAAACCUUGCGUCUGACAAGCGAUCAACUGAAGGCGCUAAACCUGAAGCCCGGCGCCAACGACAUGUCGUUCAGCGUUAACAAGGCGACCUGCACAGCUACAAUGUACUUGUGGAAUGGCAAUACCCCCAUCGUGAUCUCGGAUAUCGACGGGACCAUUACUAAAUCUGACGCGCUUGGUCAUGUGCUCAACAUGAUUGGCCGUGACUGGACACAUGCUGGAGUGGCCAAGCUGUACACGGACAUCGUGAACAACGGCUACAACAUCAUGUACCUGACCAGCCGGUCCGUCGGUCAGGCAGACACCACCAGGGCUUACAUAUACGGGGUAAACCAGGAUGGCUAUCGACUGCCGAAGGGUCCCACGAUCAUGAGUCCUGACCGCACGAUGGCGGCCCUCCGACGAGAGAUAUACCUGAGGAAACCGGAGGUGUUCAAAAUGGCCUGCCUGCGCGACAUUUUGGGCCUGUUCAACGGAAAGGAGAACCCAUUCUAUGCCGGGUUUGGUAAUCGCCUGACCGAUGCGCUCAGCUAUCGGUCGGUCAAUAUCCCGUCCAGUCGGAUCUUCACGAUCAACUCCAACGCCGAGGUGUCCCUGGACCUUCUCAGUCUGAACAAAUACAAGAGCAGCUACGUGUCUAUGGGCGAACUUCUGGACCACUUUUUCCCGCCUACCAGCUUGCUGGUCCAAGCCGGUGGUGAGGAGUACACGGACUUCACCUAUUGGCGGGACCCUCCACCAGAUCUUGAUGAUUUCUCUAGCACGGAUAGCGAGGAUGAAGACGAAGAUGACGACCAGCCAGAUGAUGAGGACGAGGAUGUUGAUGAUGACUAUGACGGCGAAUUGAGCGAUGACGAGGGCAGUGAUGUCGACGAAGAAACGGCGGAGGAGGAGCUCGGAGCCAGCUAUAUCUCGCAGGUUUCCAUUGACCCGUCUAGUCUCGCCGACGGACAAAGCAUCGAUGAAGGCGAAGACGAAGAGGAAGAGGAAACAGGGGAGCCUGGCGAGACGGUACAAUUUGCCGAAGCUCCACGCUCGCCACCAAAGAAGACGCGACAGUCUCCGGAGCCUGGAGACUCUUGAACGUGUUGCCGGUAUAGAUGAUUUGCUGCUGAUAUAAAUACCCACGAUUUCAAUGCUUUGCCUGGCGGAUGUCAUUUGCAUUCGCGACUUCAAGGGGUUCUCGUUUAUGCAUUCUCGGCGUUUAGAAUGGUUGCAUGCAUAGCUUGUUUGAUUUCCUUUCGGGGAUGAGUUGUACAGUCAAGACGUUGUCACAGCACAGUUGGGAUAGACUGGUAGACAUCGGCAUAUAUCAUUACACAAGAGCUAUUGGAUUGAUCUCAGUGAAUUGACU